ACGGAUCAACAUAGGACGCAGCAGUUUUGCAGCUGUAAUAUUUUUCGUGUUGAAUCUAACUUUUUAGAAUAACGCGCUCACAAAAUGAGCCUUUUCGACAUCGAAGAUAUUAAGGUGAAACCUGACGUUGUGUGUACCUACCCGGAUACGGCUGUAGCAUCCGAUGCAGCAAUUGUAAUCGAUAAUGGAUCUUACCAGUGCCGAGCCGGCUGGGCCUCAAAAGAGUUGCCUUCUUUAAGCUUCAAAAAUGUGCUAGCCAAACCGCGCAAAGAUCGAAGUAAGAAAGAUGCAGAAGUCACGGUGCAACCGGCAGUGCAAGUUGGAAAUGAUAUUACGAAUAUUGAGGCUGUAAGGUUUCAACUGAGAACGCAGUUUGAUCGGAAUGUUGUAACUCACUUCCAUGUUCAGGAGCAAAUUUUUGAUUAUCUGUUUGCUAAGCUGGGAAUAAAUACCGAUGGCAGUAUUCGGCAUCCAGUUUUAAUAACGGAAUGCGUUGCUAAUCCUAAUUACAGUCGAGGUCUAAUGGCUGAGCUUAUGUUCGAAUGCUACGGAAUUCCAGGCAUCUCCUAUGGAGUCGAUAGCUUAUUUAGUUUUCAGUUGAAUAGCUCUGUACCGGAUGGAUUGGUUAUUUCCUGUGGAUAUCAUGCCACCCAUAUUAUACCAAUACUGAAUGGGAGAAUGAUUGAAGACAAAGUACGUAGGAUUAAUUUGGGUGGAUUCAACAUGAUAAAUUUCAUGUUUCGACUGCUGCAACUAAAGUAUCCUGUGCAUGUGAAUGCAAUUACGUUAAGUCGAGCGGAGACAAUGAUUCACACUUACUGUUCCUUUGCCUUUGACUAUCUUGAGUCGUUAAAAAAUUGGGCUUGCUUAGAAUACUACGACCAGAACGUAAUCAAAAUACAACUACCGUUCAACCAAGCGGCAACUGCUCCGGUGUUAACCGCAGAACAGAGAGUGGAAAAACGGAAAGAGUUAUCGCGUAGACUUGCGGAAAUCAACCUUCGCAAAAGGGAAGAAAAACUCGCCCAGGACAAUAUACUUUUGGCUCGAAUGGUUGCCGCGGAGGAGAAUUUGGACGAUGAUAAUAUUUCUUUCACUUUACAAGAGUUUGGCGUUAAAAACAUUGAAGAGUUGAAGAAAUCUAUUGUUACAUUAAAGGAUCGUAUCACCAAAACUACACAGAAGAUGAACGCGCCUCAAAGCACGCAGGAAGAAGAAAAACCUCGUCAACUACAACCGCCUUCCAAUAUGACCAUUCCAGAGUGGGUUCAAGAAACUCGAAAAAAGCGGGACGAGAUUUUGGAUCGCAAACAGAGCCGUAAGCAACGACGGCAAGAUCUAGCGAAACGUAGAACUGCUGCUGCACAGGAACGUAUGCGAAUCAUAUCUCACCUAGCCAAAAAAGAGAAAGGUGUGGAUGAUUUUGGUAUGCGAGAUGAAGAUUGGGACGUGUACAAAUCAAUAAGUCGUGAUGGCGAUAGCGAUAGCGAAGCAGAAAAUGAAAAACUCAUUGAGUGCGAAGAAAUACUUAAACAACACGACAGUAGCUACAUCGAGCCUACGACUUCAGCAGGCAAUAUUGCAGAAUUUCAUCAACUUCACAUCGGAGUGGAGCGUAUUCGAGUGCCGGAAAUUCUUUUCCAACCUAGUAUUGUUGGUAUCCAUGAGGCCGGACUCGCCGGAACGAUAGAUUAUGUACUUAAAUUAUUUCCCCGAGAGGAUCUAGACCGAAUGAUUGGUAACAUUCUGCUGACUGGCGGAUGCGCAAAUAUUCGAGGGUUCAAAGAGCGAUUAAAUCGAGAAUUGCAGCAGCUUUUACCUUUUCAGUCUAUAUUUAAGCUUCGAAUAGCUUCAAAUCCGACUGUAGAUGGAUGGAAAGGAGCCAGUCAGUUUGCUACGAGUGAGGAGUUUAAGCAAUCUCUCAUUACCAGGCAGAUGUACGACGAAUUCGGGGGAGAGUUUUUUAAGGAGCACCCGGCAAGUAAUUACUACUAUCAAACACCUUCUAAUUCUGAGAUGAAUGAAAGUUUCAACUAAAUGUUUGAAUAAAAUUUGGUGUUUACUGAAA